AUGUCUGGAGGGGUGGGCAAAGGUGGUGAUAGAGGAGAGGAGCCAGGAUCCUUGCAGGGUGGGCAGCAACAGUCCAUGCCCGGCGCAGGCCACUGCAAGUGGUUCAAUGUGCGGAUGGGCUUCGGGUUUAUAUCCAUGACUAGUCGUGGGGGAACUCCCGUAGAUCCUCCUAUGGAUGUAUUUGUUCACCAAAGCAAACUGCACAUGGAGGGCUUUCGCAGCCUGCGGGAGGGAGAGCCACUAGAGUUUACUUUCCAGAGGUCCCUCAGGGGCCUGGAGUCUGUACAAGUCACGGGCCCCGAGGGAGGCCCCUGCUCGGGCAGUGAGAGGAGACAGAAACCCAAGCCCCCAGCCCCGCAGCAGAGAUGGAAGCCAAAAGGAGACCGAUGCUAUAACUGUGGAGGACUAGACCACCAUGCCAAAGAGUGUGGCCUGCCGCCCCAGCCAAAGAAGUGCCACUACUGCCAGAGCGCGACGCACAUGGUGGCCCACUGUCCGCACCGCCCCCUCGGCCCCUUGUCUCCUGGCCCUACCACAGCCACUCAGGGAAGACGCACUACUGUGGACCAGUACCCCGGUACCUUUACCACCACCUCCUACAGCCCCAGUCCCAGGCAGGGAAACAGGCACUCCCAGCCCCCUCAGGACAGUUCCUCCCCCCUCAGCAAGUCCUCUAGCAAGUCCUCCAGCUCUCCGGAAGACCCGGCACAGAUCCAGAGGAGAUCUGGAGUGCACCACAGGUGGAAACAAUCCUGA